AUGCGUCUCUUCCAAAAUAUGAUGCACGAAGUCAAUCCUUUUGUUGACUUAUUUAAAACCAUGGAGGAGCUAUCAGUUGGGCAACCUGGAGGAAUUCAAAAUAUACGAAUGAUAUUUCGUUCAGAGGAUUCUCCUGAUCCAAGAAGAAGGUACAAUAGACCAAGAGUUCCAGAAACUGGUAUACUAUUGUUUGAUGGCGACAAUGAAAGCAGCAACGAACAGCCAAAGAAUCGUGAUAUCGUCUUAAGAUUGAAAGGUUCCGGUGAUAACCUAACAAGGAUUAAUGAAACCAAUCAAUUCUUUGAUCCUCUUCAAUACGUUUUGAUGUUUUUAUUUGGCGAUCCUGGAUGGCACAUCAAAGUGAAAAGCUUUGAUCCCUCUGAAACCGAAAUUGACAUUGCAUCUGAUAGCAAUAAUAAUGAUGAGGACAAAACCUUCACCAUCAUGCAAUACUACAGCUCAAGAUUGAUGGUACGACAAGGACAACAGCAACACUACGGCCCAACUGAUAUUCUCACAGAACAUCGAUGCGCUCUUUUGGGAACAUCGAUGUUCUCAUGA